ACUACAAAUAUAUCUUUUUAUUUCUUCUUAUAAAAUAAACACUAAAGCACAAUCAUCCAGAAAUAGCAACAGGUCCAGUGUGAUUUUAACAAGAUCAAAAUAUUUAGUGUUUUCUUUUUUUCUUUUCUUUUUUUGCCGUAACCGUAGGCCAAGUGAUAAUUUUUGUCCAUUACGAAAGGCCAAGCCACAGUCUACUUACUGAUCAAUAAUAACUUGGUGGUGCAUUGAUUAGUAUAUAAAAAGCUAAUGUAGGGAGCCACCAUUUACAGACUCGACACAGAGACGAGAACAACACAGGUAUUUAACAAGAGAAUUUAACCACCUUUUUCACUUCUCUAAACAAAAUUACUAUCAGUUGUGUUUACUAUUAAUUUACCUGAGACAUCAAACCAUACAUCAUGAGCCAUCACUCCUCAUGGAGAGGGCAUCACUGUGGCCCUGGAGACAUCAACUGCACUGCAGGCUUUAAGGAGCCAAUGGGCAGCAGGAGCUACAAGUUGCUCCAUGUGCCUUUCCAUGGGCCGACCCACAGCCACCACCAUGAGCCUCCGCACCCGUUCCCCACUGUGGAUGUUCCUGAUCAUGCUCACUACAUCAUCGGUUCUGUCAUCUUAAUAGUCGGCAUCACUGGAGCGAUUGGAAACGCACUGGUGAUCUACGUGUUUUGCCGGAGCCGUACUCUUCGCACCGCAGGGAACAUGUUUGUGGUGAACCUGGCUGUUGCUGAUUUCUUCAUGUCCCUCACCCAGUCGCCCGUUUUCUUCGCAGCCAGUCUGCACAGGCGUUGGGUGUUUGGUGAGCGCUCUUGUGAACUCUAUGCUUUUUGCGGGGCUCUCUUUGGGAUUUGUUCCAUGAUGACUUUGACCGCCAUCGCUGGGGAUCGCUGCCUCACCAUAACUCAGCCUCUCGCCCUCGUAAGCAGAGUUAGCAAACGCAAAGCAGGCGCAGUGUUGGCCGUCGUGUGGCUCUACUCCCUGGGCUGGAGCCUUCCACCAUUCUUUGGCUGGAGUGCUUAUGUUCCAGAGGGUCUUCAGACUUCCUGUUCUUGGGACUAUGUGAGCUUCACUCCAUCAGUGCGUGCAUACACCAUCCUCCUCUUUAUUUUUGUCUUCUUCAUCCCACUAGGGAUUAUUGCCAGCUGCUACUUUGGAAUUUUCCAAGCUAUCCGAGCUGCGGGGAAGGAAAUACGAGAGUUGGACUGUGGGGAAACACACAAGGUGUAUGAACGCAUGCAGAAUGAAUGGAAGAUGGCGAAAGUUGCCCUCCUGGUCAUUUUGCUUUUUGUAAUAUCGUGGUCGCCCUACUCUGUGGUGGCCCUCACCGCCACGGCUGGCUAUUCCCAUCUCCUGACUCCCUACAUGAAUUCAGUACCUGCUGUGAUAGCCAAGGCCUCAGCCAUCCAUAAUCCCAUCAUCUACGCAAUUACGCAUCCAAAGUAUCGGACAGCUAUUGCCCGUUACAUUCCAGUACUCCGCCUCAUCUUGCGUGUCAAAGAGAAAGAUCUUCGUUCCUCUUUUAGUUCUAGCAGUGUCAGUUCCCGUCGUCCAACCCUCACCAGCCAGUGCUCUCUGGGGGUUAGCAUUGGCAAUGCUGCGCGAGCUAACGGCCGCUGGGGGAAGACACGCUUGUCUUCUGCUUCAGAUAGUGAUUCUUGUUGGACUGAGAGUGAGGCUGAUGGUUCCAGUGUCAAUUCCCUGACCUUUGGCCGUCGUGUGUCCACGGAGAUCUCUACAGAUACUGUCAUUCUCUCACCAGGGUCAAGUACGAACAGCUCCAGUGGGCAGAAGCUGGAAAAGACACAUAAAGUUGUAAGCGUUCCAGUGCCGUCUAUUACAUUUGAAACAGAUUCAGCUGACGGCGAGUCUCUGUCUGAUGGGAAAGUUUUGCUCCUCAGGGGGGAAAUAAGGGAAUGAUGCAAUGUUUCAGAAUAACUCUGGUUGUAGUAAGCUGAGUAGUAGUUGCUUUGACCUAUUAUUUUUUAUUAGAAAUAUUUAUUUAUAUGUCCUUCUUUACUCUGCAAGCUUCUGUAUUGUUA